GCGAGACCUAUGGGAUAGCUGGCUAAAUAGUUAGCUCAUUAGCUAGCGAUAAUUUUUGACGUCUUUUAAAUUGAAUGAGAAAUCCCUCAUCAUAAUAGUUACUGUAUUUCAUGUAGGCGAGAUGGCUUUGGUAUCGGCAGACACUAAGAUCGCAGAGUUACUGACGGAGCUUCACCAACUAAUCAAGCAAACGCAGGAGGAACGAUCCCGAAGUGAGCACAACCUGCUCAAUAUUCAGAAAACCCAUGAGAGAAUGCAAACUGAAAACAAGACCUCGCCGUACUACCGGACUAAACUACGUGGGCUCUACACAACAGCCAAAGCAGACGCAGAGGCAGAGUGUGGCAUUCUGAGGCGAGCGCUGGAUAAAAUAGCAGAGAUCAAAUCCCUUCUGGAGGAGAGACGCAUAGCUGCUAAGAUGGCGGGGGUGUACAGUGACUCGGACCCCCCCAGGAAGACCAUGAGGAGGGGGGUGCUGAUGACCCUCCUGCAGCAGUCCGCGAUGACCCUGCCCCUAUGGAUCGGCAAACCAGGAGACAGUCCCCCCCCCCUGUGUGGGGCGAUGCCUGCGAGUGGCGACUACGUGGCCAAGCAGGGCGAUAAGGUGGCGGCGCGCGUCAAAGCCGUCGAUGGGGACGAGCAGUGGAUCCUUGCCGAGGUCGUCAGCUACAACCACUCCACCAACAAGUAUGAGGUUGAUGACAUUGACGAGGAGGGAAAAGAGAGACACACUCUGAGUCGGCGCCGCAUCAUCCCGCUGCCCCAGUGGAAGGCCAACCCUGAGACGGACCCUGAAGCGCUCUUCAGCAAAGACCAGCUGGUGCUCGCGCUCUACCCACAAACCACCUGCUUCUACCGGGCCCUCAUACACACACCUCCGCACCGGCCCCAGGAUGACUACUCUGUGCUGUUUGAGGACACGUCGUACGCUGAUGGCUACUCGCCGCCGCUGAAUGUGGCCCAGAGAUACGUGGUGGCCUGCAAGGAGAACAAGAAGAAGUGAGACGAGACGAGACGAAGGAGAGGAGACGAGACGAAGGAGAGGAGACGAAGGAGAGGAGAUGAAGGAAAGGAGACGAAGGAGAGGAGAUGAGAUGAGAAGCAGUGAGACGAGACAAGACGAAGGAGAGGAGACGAAGGAGAGGAGGAAGAGGAGGAGACUGGGGAAGAAAAGAGGAGGAAGAUUAAAAGAGAGCAGGAACAUGACACACUGCUCUCCAUCGCCCCCUGCUGUACUGAUGCUGAAUGAGUCUCUGGUGGGGUGGAGCAAAGCACUCUGGGAAAGAGUCCUUCAACAUCCUCUCUAUCACACACACACACACACACACACUGUCCGUCUGUCUCUCUCUCACACACACACACACUAACAAACACAAAUACUAACAUCUGUGACUGGUGAAACACUGUGCUUCUCCAGUCGUAGUGUGGACCAGCCUUCCGUAUUCCUUUGUCUCUCUUUCUCAAACACACACACACACACACCUUCUGUCUCCCUCUCUCUGUAUAUUUCUUGUGUUGCCCUAAUUUGUCUAAUGUGUCUAAUUUUUCAGCGUCUUUGCAUUCAGGAAUGUGAUUUUGCAAAAUAAAAAAGUCCAUUUUGUGAUAAAUAA